AUUCAAAAAUGGAUAAUAAGAAAAAAAAGAAUAAGAAUAAAGCAAAAUAACAACCAUAAUAAUAAUAAUAAUAAUCGACAUAAAAUUAAUUAGUACCUUCAAAUUAAUAACAUCAUCAUGAUCAUCAUGGAAAUGAAGAUCAUAAUCAUGAUCAUGGUCAAUGUGGUCAUGGAUUACCAAGUGAUCUUCCUAAUCUUGAUCCUACUAGUUUAUUAAGUGGUUUAAGUAAAGGAGAAGGAUUACUUGGUAGUUUAAGUAUGAUUCCUAAAUUGACUGAAAUGUUAAAUCAAUUAAGUAAUUUUGGAGGUUAAGCUUUCAAACCUGAUGAUCCAUUACCUGAUUUUACUAAAUUUGAUUAAACUAAAGUAUAUACAAUUCUUAUAAAUAGUAAACUUUAGAAGUAGCAAUCGAAGAAUUCUAAUAAACUAUUGAAAGUGUUCAAAAAAAAGAUUUUACUAAUCUUACAAAACCAGUUGUAUAAAAACAACAAUAAUAAAAGUUAUCCAAAUAAUAAUAAUAAUAAAGAGAGAAGUAUUAUCUCAUUCUAUCAUUUAUAGAAAUAAUUAAAUUAUUAAAUAAAACAUAGAAUAUUUAAUUACAUUAUAGAAAGAUAUGAAAAAGCUCUUAUAAGAUGUAAUCUAACAUUAUCUAUAUUAGUAAUCUCUUAGUGGAAUUGCUCCAAUAUUAAAUCAAGGAAUUGAAAACCUAAAUUAAGAUAUCUAAUAUUAUUAAAAGUAAUAAGAACUAUGA